AUGACCUCGAAGAAGAACGCGGUGGACGUGUCGACCGUCGAGAGCGGCGCGAGUAUCGCUCCGCGCGGCGAUGAGGCGGAGCUCGCGCGAAUGGGGUAUAAGCAGGAGCUCAAACGCGACCUCUCGCUGCUUCAGAACUUCGGUGUUUCGUUCUCUAUCAUCUCCGUUAUCACGGGCGUGUCUUCGCUCUUCUUGUAUGGACUAACGACAGGUGGACCAGGCGUCAUGGUGUGGGGUUGGGUGGUCGUUUCCUUUUUCACGAUGAUGGUUGGUCUCGCAAUGGCCGAGGUCUGCAGCGCACACCCAACAAGCGGCGGCCCAUACUUCUGGGCCGCAAUGCUCUCGCCCGAGCGCGACGCGCCCCUCGCGUCGUGGGUCACCGGCUGGUUCAACUUGCUCGGCCAAGUCGCCGUCACGACUGGCAUCAGCUUUGGCUGCGCCAACUUCAUCUCCACCGCGAGCACGCUGGGGACGGACUACGUGCCCACGCCCGGCAAGACGAUUGGGAUCUACGCUGCUGUGCUUUUCAGCCAAGGUCUUAUCAAUACCUUCGGCGUGCGCACGCUGAAGUACCUCAACAACGUUUCGGUCUUCUGGCAUGCGAUUGGAACGGUGGCUAUCGUCAUUGCAUGUCUCGCCGCCGCGCCGAAGCACCAGACUGGGAAGUUCGUCUUCGCGACGUUCAUUGAUGGGACGGGUGUAGAUGGGAAGGGCUGGUCGCAGGUCGCGAGUCCGGCGUAUGUUGCGGUCAUUGGGUGCUUGAUGGCACAGUAUACCCUGACUGGCUUCGACGCGUCUGCGCACAUGACUGAGGAGACGAACAACGCCGCUGUAGCUGGCCCUCUUGGUAUCAUCAUGGCUAUCGGCGUCUCUGCCGUCCUCGGCUGGUUUUUGCUCCUCGGAAUGCUCUUCUCCAUUCAGGACUACGACGCCACCGUCAACUCCUCCACCGGCCAGCCUAUUACGCAGAUCUUCCUCGAUUGCGUUGGCGAGGACGGCGCAAUCGUACUCAUGAUGAUUGUUAUCGUCUGCAUGUACCUCUGCGGCACCUUCUCCGUCACAAGCAACUCGCGCAUGAUGUACGCCUUCGCGCGCGACGGCGGCGUCCCCGGCCACAAAUUCUUCCACUACGUCAACGAGCGCUGGCAAUCGCCCAUCCGCACCGUCUGGCUCGCCUGCACCCUCUCCUUCUGCCUCGGCCUGCCCUCCCUCGGCUCGAGCGUCGCCUUCUCCGCCGCGACGUCCAUCGCCACCAUCGGGCUGUACAUCUCGUACGCCGUGCCCAUCGCGCUGAGGCUGAUAUAUAGGAAGCAGUUCGCGCGCGGGCCGUUCCAUUUGGGGCCGUUUAGCUAUCCUGUUGCGAUUUUGGCUGUGGGAUGGGUCAGCUUUAUCGCGAUUGUGUUUAUUCUGCCCGAGGAGUACCCUGUCAACAGUCAGACGCUCAACUACGCCAUUGUCGCGGUCGGCAUCGUCAUCACGUACUCGAUUGGCUUUUGGCUUAUCUCGGCGCGCAAGUGGUUCACGGGCCCGAUUAGGCAGAUUGAGGAGGAGCAGAUGGCCGCGGGCGUGUUGCCGCCGAGGGAGGAGACGUUGGAGAAGAGCUCGAGCUCGCAGAAUGAGAAGAGCGAGCACUCUUGA